AUGUCAACCUAGUGAUAGAUUCUGGUGAGUUAUGAGAAGCUAUUUUACGUCGAAUCCCAGUUGUUUUGUGCAUUCUAAUCCCGCGACAUGGUCUCGCUACUCUGACUGUGCAACAAGUUUAGAUCAGAAGCUCGCCUUACCCGAUUCUCUAAAGAACAGACUACGUGAGCAGGGGUUGUGUGAUGUUUUGCGAAAAUCACGCUGAAUGAAUUUUCUCCGAGUUAUUUUCUUUUGUUUUUUUAAUGUAUUGAGCCAGUAUCGCAUAGCCUGCACGACGAAAAAUGGUCUGCCCGUCUGUAUGGCUCGUUGAAACUCUUGGGGGGGGGGGGAUGUAAGGUUUGCGCCAUGAGUUCUUGAGCCGUGACUGCAAGCUCCCGACACUUCAUUCAUGUCAUACUUCUCUGUCGGCGAUUGGGAAUCAGACUGAGCUCACGAGCGCAUUGGCGUUUUAUGAACUGCAGGAGGGGUCAUUUUCACUGUCGUUUGGCUGAUUGGGUCAAUUCGACGGCGAGCACUGCGGAGUGGAGUUUUGAGACGACCGGAGCUUGGAGAUAAACAGACGUUUCUAGUGCUGCGGCGAUAACAGAAGAUAAUAUACAUAUGUUUUAUGUUUGCGUAACAGGAAAAAAACUAUUUUAGAUUAUUUAUGUUUUCCCUUUCUCGUACCACGUUUCUGCUAAUUUCAGUCGUGACAACAAAAUUAUGACUACAUGUAUCAAGAGCGGAAAUAAGAAAAGCUGACUUAAUGGUGCUAUAGUUUUUUUCUUUUGUCUAAUAUAUUGUGUGCUAUGGAGGAACUCUCGUGUCAAAAUGAGUUUGGACACUGAUGAUGCUGCGAACUCGUGGAGAAACGGUUCUGCGGAACUGUACACGGCGGCACCGCUGUCAGCCAACGAUUCCAACGUGACAACGGGCAAUGAGAGCGCGUUCGUUCCCCUGGACCUUACACGGGCGGUCCCUCUGGGUAUGGUACUGGGUGCUUUCAUUAUAUUUGCGAUCGUUGGCAACAUACUUGUCAUUCUAUCGGUGGUGUGCAACAGACAUCUGCGCAGCCCGACGAACUAUUUCAUUAUCAACCUAGCCAUUGCGGACCUGUUGCUGGGCACCACCGUGCUGCCCGUCUCCGCUACUUUGGAAAUCCUGAAUUACUGGGUGUUCGGGAGGAUAUUCUGUGACAUCUGGGCGGCCGUGGACGUCCUGUGCUGUACCGCGUCCAUCAUGAGCCUGUGCGUAAUCUCAAUAGACCGUUACAUUGGGGUGCGCUACCCGCUGCAGUAUCCGACCAUUGUGACGGAGAAAAGGGCGCUGCUGGCGAUGCUCGGGGUGUGGGUCCUCGCGGUGGUCAUCUCUAUCGGACCUCUGCUUGGCUGGAAACAACCUCCUUCCCCGGACGAUACGGUUUGCCUCAUCACCGAAGAGCCAUUUUACGCACUAUUCUCGUCCCUAGGCUCUUUCUACAUCCCCCUGGCUGUGAUUCUCGCCAUGUACUGCCGGGUGUACAUAGUUGCUAAAAGGACCACAAAGAACCUGGAGGCUGGAGUGAUGAGGGAGAGGAGGGAUUCGAACGAGUUCACGCUCAGAAUCCACUACAAAGGGUCGCAUCUUCACGAGGACUGCGGCGGCGCUGGGAAGGGUCGUGGGCAACCGCCGAGGUGCUCCCUAACGGUCAAACUGCUGAAAUUUUCCAGGGAGAAGAAAGCUGCUAAAACUCUUGGAGUCGUGGUGGGGAUGUUCAUUCUCUGUUGGUUGCCGUUCUUCCUCGCGCUGCCGAUUGGGUCUUUCAAUGCCAACUUGCGUCCGCCGGACAAAUUCUUCAAAGUUAUCUUCUGGCUGGGCUACUUCAACAGCUGCUUGAACCCCAUCAUCUACCCCUGCUACAGCCGGGAGUUCAAGCAAGCCUUCAUCCGCAUCCUCCGCUGCCAGUGCCGGAGCAGGAAACGCCCAGGCUGGAAGGCCUACAAGUACCGCAGCUGCCACCUGCACGCCUACGACCACGCCCACAAGGACUCCGCAGACAACAACUCCGCCUGCUUGAACGGCAGCCUGCGCACGCUGGCCUCCGCCAACCCCAGCCCCAGAGAGGGGCGCCGAGGCGUAGAGCGCCACCUGGAGCUCGGGAGGUUUCAAGGCUGGGGGCUUAGCCCCUCCCCCUGCCCCUCCCCUUGCCCCUCCCCCUGCCCCUCCCCUUUGCCCGGGAGCCGCUUGGACCAUCAGCAGGGGUCCCUAAGGGGGGCCUUUCUCCAGGGAGGGAAGAACCCGAACGGGACGAACUCGCACCCCCUCCGAGGCCACCAGGACAAGCGGCCGGGCCUCGCGCUCUGGGCCAAACUGAGGGACAGGGGCGGGGCGUGGGGCGAACCGAGGGACAGCAUCCCAAACAAAGACGUCCCCUCGAGUCCAAUCGGGUGACGCGUCCGCGAUGAUGUCACCGCCGUGUGUGGGUGCACGGUACCGGGGUGGCACCUUUGACGCUUCGACUGUCAGCGGCCGCUUUUUGUCCCGCUGCUGUGGAACAAUAAAGAUCCCACACCCAUUUUGUGUGUGUUCAGAUGCAUGCCAUUAAAUGUUGGAUCCAAGGGACGUGGGACCAGUGGCCCCCAGCCAUUGGUUAAGAACUACGAAGGGUCAGGGGUCAAGGUUCAUGGGUCAUGGCAAGGAUGUACAGCUGUGCUGAAGCUGUGAGCAAACUGGCACUCGGGCUCCACCUGGCUGCUGUCUACCUGUGAGCAUCACAGGGACAAUAAGAUGUGGGCGGAGCAUUGUUCCUUCUGAAACAGAGCAGCAAGCCAAGAUCACAGAUCGCAGCCCACAAGCAGAUGUGUAAAAGACAUAACAUGGACCUUUCAGAGCCUGCAUGUGCCACCAUACACAGAAAUAUUUCUAGUGUAAAACGAGCUCUGAACAGUGUUAAAUUAACAAUAACGCCAUCCAGUAGGGACAACAUGUACUCUAUUAGUAUUAAAAGUACUCAGAGGAGAUUUUACGCUGAAAAUUUUGCUGUGUAGUUCCAGCUCUACUGUGGAAAAAAGGCAUGACGUUCUAUGUAGAGAUACCUUUAUCAUAUGCUGCCCAGUAGUGAUCAGGGUUUUCAUGCUGAAAUAACAAAUUGGACAGUGGUACUUUAAAGUUCUUGAAUGUACUUUUUUAGUGUUAUUGGUGAUAAUCUAUCAAAGCUUCUUGUCCCGUUUCUCGACCCGUUUCAUAUAAAUAAUGGCAAAAAUAAAUAAUAGAAACUGAUCCUGAAUUUAAAUUCUGAUUCUGCUCUAAACAGUGCUUGGAUUGGGGUUGAAGACGCUGAACCUGGAACAGAAUUAAUUGUCAGGAUAUUGAGGUAAUUUAUGUAUUUGUUACUGACAGUCUUUAACUAUCAGUCAUGAUAUAGAUUACUGUAAGUGUCUAUGCAGGUCUGAAAAGAAUAUGAAAAGAAUAGGCACAAUGAUCAACCAAAUAAAAAUGUAUAAAAAAGGUUUUAAAAUGACAAUUCUAAUUUUGAAUUAACUUUUAAAAAGGCUUGAUGUCUAGGUUUGCUCAACACAAUUGCACAAUACCUGUCCGAUCAUUUUCUCUUGGUCGUACUACUAGUUUUUUUUUUACAGCUAUAAAAUAUUGGGAAAAAUGAACACAACUUCCAAAUAUAUCCAAUGGACAUGGUUUAUAUUCCUGUUUUCUUUGAACUGACUUAAGCCAUUAGCCAACUAUCAUAACUCAAAACUAAGAAAACACUUAUACAUUAGUUUAUACGCAUUCCUCAAUAUUACUUUUAAAUAUUCAGGUUGUGCUACCUUGACUGAACCCUUGAAUGCAGUCCCUGUAGAAAAACAGUAACAUUAAGUCCUUUUUUGGCUUAAAACACACUUUCUGUAGCAAUCUGUCUUCUCGUGUUGCUAAGUUAACCGGAAGAGUACAAGUCCAUGUUUUUAAUUUGUACGCAGAUUUAUUCCAACUUACAUCAAAAACAUCUAAAUAAUAAUUUGGCCUGGCCUGACAAAAACCCAAUCUGUUGUCAUGAAAUAAAGUCCAACUUGGCCCAAAGCCAACUCAUACCUUGGACUACCAUGUGGUUUGCGCCAGCUAGUCCGGUCUUUGCCUACUGUACAGUUUUGUUUUGUUUUCAUGGGACCUUGAAAGUAUUUCAAAAAUCCUUGAAUUAGUUAAUGGUUGAGACCCAGUGAUGAGCAGUGAGAGCAACAUAUACUAUUACUGUUAGAGCAAAUAGCGUAGACUGUGUUGUAUCCUGAGGAGUGGACAGACAGCGUUGUAUGUUGACAGUGUUGUAAUGACAGAGUGAAUUGACAGUGUUGUAACAUCAGUGUGAGCAGACAGUGUUGUAUCUUGACAGUGUUGUAAUGAGAGAGUGAAUCGACAGUGUUGAAACCUGAGUGUGAGCAGGCAGUGUUGUAUCUUGAUAGUGUUGUUAUGAGAGAGUGAAUCGACAGUAUUGAAACCUCAGUGUGAGCAGACAGUGUUGUAUCUUGAUAGUGUUGUAAUGAGAGAGUGAAUCGACAGUGUUGAAACCUGAGUGUGAGCAGGCAGUGUUGUAUCUUGAUAGUGUUGUUAUGAGAGAGUGAAUUGACAGUGUUGAAACCUCAGUGUGAGCAGACAGUGUUGUAUCUUGACAGUGUUGUAAUGAGAGAGUGAAUCGACAGUGUUGAAACCUGAGUGUGAGCAGGCAGUGUUGUAUCUUGAUAGUGUUGUGUGAGUGAAUAGGGAGAGUAUUAACCUGACUGAACACAGUGUUUUAUUCUGAAGGUCAAUGGACUGUGAUAUAGAGCAAAGGACAGCUGGAUGGAGAGGACCAGACUGUCCUUUGAUGGCAGGUUGAUUUGUUCUUCGGCACAAAAAGCCACAGAACUCGCAUUCACAAGUGGAAAAACAAGAGUGCCAGCUCUCUGCUCAGCUCCAACUGUGCCCAGCUCUAGAGGAGUAUAACGCAAGCAGAAUGUCUUAUUUAUUAUGUUAUUGCUGUAUCUUGACAAUGUAUGUUUGUUAAACAGUGAAUCUUUGGUGACUAUAUAUGGGUUCCCGGUCAUUCAAUCACAAUAAAUGAGUCAUGGAGUGAAUAGAUCCACUCCAAUUGUGUCCUCUUCACUCUGUUCUCAGAAAUAGGCUACAUCAGUCAAUCCAUAAUGUCUCAAGACAAGUCAUGGGGCGUGAGGUCAUUUUAAUGCAUGCGGUACUUUGGAUCCGAGAGACAGACAAUGUUCUCAGAAACAAAAGCAAUCUGAUUAAAAUCCUUUGUAGAAACUGUGGGGGGAUGGGGGACUGUUCAGUUCUUCUGCAUCUAUAGAAAAUCUGCCUUCAACAAAUGUUCGGAUGAAGCUAAAGAUUGAAAUGUUUGUUUUUUGUUGUUGUUGUUUCGGUAUCUUUGGCAUCAUUUAUUUAAGAAAAAAGCAUUCAGGUGUUUUGUAAAUAUGGUUUCUGAAAUAAUUUUACUGCACACCUGUUAUAAACCUUGCAGGAUGAGGUCAAAGCACCAACACCUUUUUAAAUUGUAAGGCUUUUGUUGUUUGUUUGUUUUGAUGGGCAGAUAAUUUGCUCGAGACAGUGUAGUUCUAUGAUUGGAAGGCAGGAACUGUGACUGGUCCAUUCGACUGUCCAUUAAAUGAGCCUUCUCACCCUUUGUCUCAACCUGUGGUUGUGGUUGUGUCUUGUUUCUGUCUUUAAACGCAUCCCGCAGACAAACACCUGUUUCCCUCAGUAAGGGAUGUUGUAAUCUUCAGUUUUCCAAGCUCCUCUCUGAGACCAAGCAACUAUACAUUGGAACAGGAAAGAAUACUUUCAUAAGAAACCUUGUCACUACCUACUUGCACAAAUAAAGGUCUUUCACCUAGAAAAAAUGUAGGUUAGGAGAAGGUCGAGCUGGAAAGAAGAUGGUUGAGAUAGCCACCAUGCUGGCAAGGCUCGCAGGCUAGUUUGGUACAGACAACGAACUAUCACCAAAUUCCAGAUGGUAUCCAGCUGGAGCAGAAGCUGGUUCCAGCUAAGAUUCCAUCUUAGGAUGGUCAGCUGGAAUUUCCACCAGGGUGGUCUGAUGUCCUUCUCCCACUGAGUCCUAGUCCAAGAGUUUGGUUCCAUCCAUGUUUCACCUGCUAAUGAACAGGAGGAAGAUGAGAAAAAAAUAUCAUUAAGAAAAAAGGCUCCUCUGAAACAUCAAACAGCCUCUGUCGUAACCCAGGGCUGCCAUGGAAACCACCUGGAAACCAUGGUUCCCUGUGGCGAUGUCUCCAAACGAGUCACAGGUGUGCCUCCCCAACGGGACCCAAUGAUGAGAUGACCUCAUCUUCCGUCAUCCUUCCCGUAUCCUGCCUGGCGUUCUUUCGCAGAGGGAGGGAGAUGGAGACAGAGAAAGAUAUACGAUGAUGAAACAAGGUGAAAGGAAGGAAAGGGUGUAUGUCUGUGGUGGGGAGGGGGAAGAGGGUGGUGUCACUGCGUUUUCUAUUUGUUUCUUUUCAUCAAUGUUUGGCAUUGCCCCCAAGCACUCUGUAAAAAAAAAAAUUAUAUAUAUAUAAAUAUCAUAUAAGGUUCAUGUAUUUUAUAGUGUGUUCUGAAAAACAAUUUGACUCAUAAAUUAUUAUUAUUUGGCUAUCAUAUGUUUUUGGAAGUAUGAAAGGUGGUAAUAAAAUGGAUUUUAUGAAAUUAUAA